AUGGAGGUCGAGAUAAAGCUGCGUCUCGCCAGCAAGGAUGACUACGAGCGCCUGCAGCGCGCCCUCGCGCCCGGCGCGGGCGCUGUCUACCAGCAGGAGAACUUCUUCUUCGACGGCCCGGGGGGAGAGCUGAACGCGCGGCGCGUGGUGGUGCGCGUGCGGCUCUACAACCGGGACCAAAAGGCGACGCUCACAGUCAAGGGCGAGCAGGUCUUGAAGGACGGCAUCGGCCGCGCCCCUGAGACCGAGGAGAAGCUGGACCCGGCCGCCGCGCGGCGCUUUGUGGCCGAGCCGUCCGCGCUGCUGGCGCACGACAGCGAGAUCGUGCGGCACCUGGCCAGCCAAUACAGCCUAUCGUCGCUAGUGUGCCUGGGCGGCUUUGACAACCUGCGGCGUGAAUUCUCGUGGGCGCCGCACGGCGGCCCGGAGGGCGGCCGCGGGUUCACGCUUGAGCUGGAUGCGACAACGUACCCCUGGGGCACGCUGUAUGAGCUGGAGUGCGAGACGGACCAGCCGGAGGCGCUGCGCACCCAGCUGGAGGCGCUGCUCUCCGCCAAUGGCGUCGCGUACGAGUACAGCAAGACCUCAAAGUUUGCAAACUUCGUGAACCGAACCCUGGUCUGA